CCCUUCCCGUCCAAGCACAUGAAAUUCAGUCACGCGAAGUCUGGAUUCAAGACUCUCAGUUCAUUGACCUACCUCGGUCUUUUUUCCUUACAGACUGAAUUCACCAUGACUAAGAUCAAGGCUCAUGAGCUUCGAGGCAAGAAGAAGGAAGAGCUUGAGGAGCAGCUCAAACAGCUCAAGCAAGAACUGUCCCAACUCAGGGUGGCUAAGGUCACUGGGGGACAAGCUUCCAAGCUCUGUAAAAUUCGAGUCGUUCGAAAAGGCAUCGCUCGGGUGUUGACAGUCAUCCAUGAGACACAGAAGGAGAACCUGCGUAAGUUCUACAAGGGCAGCAAGUACAAGCCCCUGGAUCUACGCCGAAAGCUGACAAGAGCAAAGCGCCGUGCUCUGUCCAAGAGAGACCUGCAGAGGAAGAACAAGAAACAACAACGCAAGGAGCGCCUGUACCCUAAGCGCCUGUAUGCUGUGCGGGAAUGAGUGGCAACUAGAUGACCACUUCAAGAACUGAACAGAUCAUCGGACUGAUGAAACUACUGUCUGAAAGGAUUGACACAACAGUGGCAAACAGAAAAAAAACAUAAACUUCAUCCAUCAAAAUUUUCAUAAGCAUGUAAAACUGUGUUGCAGAAGUGAUGCAUAAUGAUGUCAAGGGUUGAAAAGGGAAAUAAAAUAUUCAAGUGAAACAAAUG